AUGUCUUCUGUCAGACUUGUCCCCUCCUGGUCGGAUUUUAAUUUCCUCAUAAAUGACAUCAUAGGUAAAAACAAGGAAUCGUUAGAUGCCUCAAAGAAUGAAACAGUUGUGCUGAGUGACCGGUCCCAGAUACUGUUCAAAGAAUCUCGCCAUCCUCAACAUAUGCCACUUAUAUGCCAUUAUUUCUGUGAUGCCCACUUCUUUGCCUCCCUCUCCUGGGUGACACCCCACACAAAAGAAACACAGGCUAUAGUGUGGAUGAAGAGCACAUCUGAGGACACGGUUGAGAAGAGAGCAUUCUCCAUGACUGAGCGACUGCCACCCAUCCAGUCAAUGGUCCACACCGGUUCCUUUCAUAUUCUCGUGGCUUACUGUGGUGACCUGAUCCUGCGCCUCUUUGGGGACCACUUUCGGGCAUUCAAACCCCUAGCCACUGUGCCCUGCCGCUUCAACAUCAACUGUCUCUGCUAUGACCCAGAAAUGAAGAUGCUUCUGUCAGGCAUCCGGGGGUCUGUGGUCACCUGGGUCAUUGAUCCCAGUGGCAAGGGUCUCCAGAUAGCUCACAUGAUUUCCAUACCUGGUAAUGAGCUUGUGCAGGAAAUCGUGCUCAAUGGUCCCAAUGGCUCCCUCCUAGCCCUCUGUGAGACUGCAGUGAGAGUCCUUGAGCGCCAGGGCCAGGGCAGGCUGGGAGAGGUGAAGAAGUUCGUGUCCACCAGCAGUGGCUCCUCUAUCACCUGCUGCUUCACCUGUUUGGAUAAGGAUUUUCUCUAUGCUGGAAACAAGGCUGGGGAAAUCCAAGUAUGGAGCCUCAGUCACAGCCACGCCCUCCACAGUUUCAAGGCCCACUCCUCAUUGGUGGUUUGUAUCCGCAGCCGGUCAGAGGCCAACACCCUGCUGACAGCCGGCCAGGAAGGCUUACUGAAGGAGUGGAACCUUACUUCAGGAAACCUACUUCGGCAACUAGAACUCCGUGAGGAGCUGUACUGCCUCCAGUUUAUUGAUGACACUACCUUCUUCUGCCAAACUUCCCACACAUUUUUCUUGCGCCGUCUACCCUGCUUCUAUAGCCUCUUCCAUGUCUGUGGAUCUGCUCCCCAGCAGGUGCAUCGGGUCUUCUGUGGCGAUAACUGGUACAGGAUCCUGUGCAUUACAGAAGAUGGCCUGUUGCGUUUUGUGUCCCCAUUAACAGGGGAUCUUCUGCUUCUCACCUGGCCCUUCUCAAUCCUGGACCACGCUGUGGAUUGGGCCUAUGACCCAGGUAAAGAGGAGCUCUUUGUGGCAACAGGCAGCACAGAAGUGCUGGUGUUUGACACAACCCGUAGUCCUUGCCCAGCCAAGUAUCUUAUAUGCACAUCACCAAAUUCUCGGGACUUUGUGUACUGCCUGGCUUAUGGACAUUUCCACCUGGGGCGAGGGAUAGAAGGACUGGUAUUCUCUGGGCACCAGAGUGGUAUGGUAAGAGUGCUUUCCCAGUGUAGCUGUGCCCGAACAGAGAGAUUCAUACACUACGGGACUGUCCUGGCACUCUCUACACUGGCUGCAGGGCUUUCAAGUGGCCUAGAAAACUCUUUGCUGUGUUCCUAUGGAAUGGAUGACUAUAUACACUUAUCAGAAGUUGUGUUUGAUGGCACCAAAGUACAGCUGCAGCCUCUCUCGAGCAUUCUCAGCAGCUGUCCCCUAAAUCAACUGAUUCUCUUGCCCAACUCUGUGGGAGCCAUCACAGAUGCUAACUGCCUGCGUCUCUGGAAGUUCCAUGAUUUUAUGUCCUAUGGGUCACAAAAAGGCUCAAAAUUCAUAGAGACACUGCCUCUGCACCAGUGUACUAUCACAUCCUUUGAUGUCUGCCUGUCCUUGAGUAUUUUUGUCACAGCUGCUAGUGACGGCUCUGUCCGGAUCUGGGACUUCCAUGGCAGACUCAUAGCCAUGCUGGACUCAUCACUGCACUUUGGCCCGCUCUGCUUUGCAAAUGACAGGGGAGACCUGCUUGUGAGUUUCAAUCAGGGACUUUAUCUGGUGUCUUGCUUAAAACUGCUUCCCCCUAACCUGCUUUCUCUCCUUUCCUUAAGGAGUAUAGCAGAUGAAGUGCUAGAAGCCCCUAAGCCUUUCAUACCAAGCUUCUUCCUCUCUUUUGAGACCAUGUUUUUGCCCAAGUAUAUCUACCUGGGUCAUGGGAAACAGGAGUUAGUGGGUCUGCAGAACCUUGUCAAUAAGCGGGCCAUUGCCUUUGAUGAUUCUGUGCCACAUGUCAUAGAAGAAGAUGAGGAUGGGAGUCCUGUGUUACUGGGUACCCCCAAACAUGAGGAGGGAGUACAGAUGACAAAGCCUCCCCAUCACCAUUAUGUGGUUCCUCCUCAGUUAAAACUGACUUAUUGGGAUGGACUCAACCCUUAUCAGAUACUGAGAUGCUACUUUGGUGAUGGGCGGGAAUGGUUCCUUGCCCCUGACUGCUACAUCCCCAACUCAGUGAUUCGUGCCCGUCUUUGGCCAGAGGGCAGCCCGAUACACCUACAGUGUAACCUGCGUUCACCCCAGCGUGAACUGGAGUGGGAAACAUCCCAACCCUUCUUCUUCUGGCAAACCAGGGCAAGAACUUUAAGUAAAGUGCAAGCAUAUGAAGAGGAGGAGGAUGAAAGUUUCCUAGCAAUGAGAAAAUCCAAGGAGGGAACCUACAGUGUCCUUAUAGACUCAGCAAAACGUAGUUGGCUGGGCAGAAAAAUGAGUGAAGUAGCUAUUAGUAACCUAGUUGAGACGAUCCUCACUAUUAUGACCCAUGCUCCUCCACUGAAGUUCCAGUGCUGCAUUGGUGCACUAGGGCAGAUCUUUGCCUCUUACCAGGUGUGUCCAUCCCUGCGCUCUGAGACUGCUCAUCGUCUGCUGGAUGAAACAACCAAUUCCAACCCACUGAUCCGAGAGCUAGCCUGGGAAGGGCUGAAGCGCCUAGGAAUGGUCACUCAUCUCUUUGCCUUGCCUCUGGCCCAAGGGUUAAUGGAUAAGGAUGAAAGAGUAAGGAAUAAGGCCCUCAACAUCAUGCCAGAGACUGGAAUCCACUCUAAGACCUCACUCUUAAACUUGAUUCAGAGACCAGAGACUUUCCACGACAUCCAGCAAGAGAUGAUUGGGGACGAAUCCCUGGACCACCUGCUGGGGAUGCGGCCCACAGAUCUCCAAAUCCUUUUCACUCAAGUGCAGCGGCGACUGAAUGAAAACUUGACCUUGUCAGAAGAAGAGAAAAGGCCCUAUUUUUCUUUAAAUAUUUCAGGAGCUUCUGUACCUAGGUCCCCCUUCAUACAACCUGCCACUCUUCCUGACGAAUCUGAAUUCAAGCGAAGCAAAGUCCAAAGACGGGCCCGAGCAGGAGGCAAAAAGUAUACCCAAAAAUCAUUGCGAGGUCUUAGAAAGAUGAGAGAAACAGACUCUAAACAGAUCAGUACAGAGCCGGGCCCCAUAGAGGUUGAAGCCGAUCAGAGUGAAACUGUGUCACUUGAGAUGGAAGACACAACCCUCUACACCAGGUCUUCGAUAAGUAGUUUAAAGGACUUUCAAGAUGUUGAACCUUCAGAGAUGGAUGUUUCAGGUCACACUGCUGAGACUCCGCAAGUGCUAAAGAAAAUGCACGAUACAACAAAAAAGCAAGCUACAGCUCAGAAACCAAUAAAGAGGCACAAGAAGACAAAAGAAAAACAAGUUUUAACUGAGGGAACUUUGCCUACUAUAACAGAAGAACCAGCUAGGAAAAUAAUUAAACCUCAGGGGCGGGGUGCUGCCGGAGUGCCUGGCCAUAAGGUUGGAUCUACCACCUCCUGGCGGGAUGAUCUAUGUCGUCUUAUGACCCUGAGGAUAUCUGGUUCCCAAACAAAAAUGUCAGAAGAUCUAAACACUGAGUUAGUGACUAUGGCUCAGGAGAUUCUGGCGGAUCGGCAACCCAGCUGGGAACUCUUUCAGAAGAUCUGCCCUGUGUUGAAGAAACAAAGCAUGGAAAUGCCUGAGGACCUUGACAGGGAUGUAGUCUGGCCAGAAGAGAAACCAAGUUUUAUCUAUGAAGAAGAAAUUAGGGAGGACAUGGUUAUCAGAGACAAGGAAGAGACACCAGUGGAGUACGAAGAACAAGUGCAAAGGGAAGACAGGGACAUGGAGGGCUGGCAGGUAGUUCCCAAAAAAGGCAAGGAAAAGCAAGUUGUUUUUGUAGAAUCAGGUGACCUGACUAAGAAAAAACAAAAGUCAAAGAAGGAAGAGAAGAAAUCCUCUAAGAAGACAUCUAUGGGAGAGAGGAAAACAACCCUGGAGCAAAGUAGAGUAGGUAAAAAGGGGAGGAAAAUGACCAAAGAAGAGGGGGAUUCAAGCAUGGAAGAUACAAGCAAGGAAAUGGCAAAAGCAGAAGAGGAAGUGAUUGAGCCAGAAGAAAAAUCAUCUAUUGCUGAAAUAAUGCUGUCUUGGCAGGAGUUCAAGAACUCAUGGGAUCAAUGGAAGCAGGCUCACAACGAGACAAAAAUAUCUUGGGAAGAAUGGAAGAAAGACUGGGACAGGAAGCGUCUUCAGGAAGAGAAGAAACUCCCCCAGGCUGAAGAGGAACUAUUCCUAGAGGAAGGAACACAGGAGGGGGGAAAAAGGAAGCUGAAAUGGGAUGAGUGGAGACAGCUCUGGGAAAAUGUAUUGUCAUCCACGUCCAAGGAUGAGAAAGAAUUCAUUCUAGAGGAAGAUCUAUUUAAAGAAUGGGAGGAAAUAUCUAAGGAAUUGAAAGAAGAAGGAGAAGGAGAAGAACAAGAAAAAGGAAAAGAGAAAGAGACAGAGAUAGAGAAAGAGAAAGAGAAAGAGAAAGAUGAACUGCUCACUGAAGAGCAAAGACAGAUACAGGAAGAGCAGAUAAAGGUCUGGAGUCAGAGGAAACAAGCCCAACAUAAAAGACAACAAGCCAAAGAUGAGAAAAGACUAGCACAAGAAGAAGAGAAACUCGCACAAGAAGAGAGAAAGCUGGCCCAGGAAAAGAGAAAACUGGCCCAAGAAUAUGUGAAAAUGUCCUUGAAAGAUGAGAAAAUGGCCACAGCAGAGAGUAAGUUUGCCCAGAAAGAGGAAAAAUUGGCUCAGAGAGAACAGGCGCUGAGCCACAAAGCAGAGCAAUUAGCCCACAAGAGAAAGAAAUUUGCCAAGAAAUUGGAGAAAACUGCCUAUGAAGAAGAGAAACUAGCAAAGAAAAAAGAGAAAGCAAUUGAGGUAAAAUUACUGUUGGCCCAGACAGCAGAAACAGUGAAGCAGAAGGAGCAAAGUCUGGACUGGCAAGAAAAUGUGCUGGCUGAGGAACUAGAGGAACUGGCAAGGGACAUGGAAGACCUGGCUUCAAAAGAAGCAGAGCUGAAGCAGGAAGAAGACAGACUGGUUAAGGAAAAGGAGGAACUGGAUGAGGAAGGGGAAGUACAGGCCUUGCAAGAGGAGAAUCUGGCUAAGAAAGAGAAAUCCUUGGCCCAGGAAGAAGAGCUGCUGGCGCAGGAAGAAGAGAAGCUGGCACGGCAGAAGGUAAAAAACCCCAAGGAAGCAAGGAGAUUGGCUUGGAAAAGGCAGAAACUGCUACAGGUCAAAGAGAAACUGGCCCAGGAAAGGGAAAAACGGACCCAGAACAAGAAAGAAUUAACACAGAACAAACAGAGACUGACCCAGAAGCAAGAGAAUCUGGCUCAGAAAAGGAAGAAUUUGGCUCAGGAAAAGGAAAAAUUGGCUCAGCAGGAAGAGAAUCUCCACCAUGUCGAAGAAGAACUCCACCAGGAGAGAGAGCAAUUAGCUCAGGUGAAGAAGAAAACAGAUACAUACAGAGAGACACUGGCUCAGCUAGAGGAGAAGCUGAGUCAGGAAAAUGAGGGAUUGGUCAAGAAGAAGGAGAAACUGGAUGCUGUAGAGAAGAACCUGGUUCAAGCAGGUGGAGCUCUGGCUAGAAACCAGAAGAAAGUGGCCCAGGAAAAAAUGGAAUUAUCUGUGGCAAAGAAGGCAGUGCUCCAAGGAAGGAGAAUGCUCAGAGAUGAGCUGGAUGUGGCUAAAGAAGAACAGAAAUUGGGCAUGCAAAUGAAGGUGUUGGCCCAAAAGAAGAUGAGACUGGCUAAAGAGAUGGAAAUUCUCUCCAAGGAAGGGACUCAAGAAACCCCAGGAAAACCAAAACUAACUAAACAAGAAAUAGACCUAAUGAAGAAGAAACUGUCACUAGAGGAGAAGCUAUUAAGAUAUAAAGAUAGGAUUCUGGCCACAGAGAGAAUGGACAUUGUCAAAGGAAAACUGGAAUUUGCUAGUGAACAGAGAGCAUCUGCUAAAGAACAGAGGAAAUUAGCUAAAAUUACAAGGAAGCUGAGAGAGGAGGAGAAUAUUUCUAAGGAGCCAACAAAACUGAGCAGGGUCACCAAUGUACUUCAAAAACAAAUCGGUGACGAAAGGAAGAUAACCCAAGAAGAAAUAAAGAUGACAAAGAUAAAGCGGUCACUUAUUGUGAAAGAGAGCAGGCUGCGCAAGGAACAGAGCAGACUUGAUAUCAAAGAGCUAAAUUUUGCUGAGCAAAAAUCAGAUUUGGCCACAGAUGAAGAGAAACUGGCUAAGAAGCAGAGGAAAUUGGCCAGGAAAAUGAGAAAUAUUACAAAGCAAGAGGAAAAAAUGGCUAAGGAAGAGAUUAGAUUGGCCAAAGAACAGAGAGAAGCCAUACAGGCUGUGGAAGAGGAAGAAAAAAUAAAGGAAGAAGAAAAAGAAGACAAAGAAGAAGAAAAAGCAAAAAGCAAAGAAGAAGAAAAAGAAGAAGACAAAGAAGAAGAAGAAGAAGAAGAGGGAAUCCCAUUCCUUAAACAGGAGUGGAGAAAAACAAAAAAGCCAAAAGAACUUGAUACCCUGAAGGGAAAGUUCUACAGAAAAGUGGAUGAGAUGGAAAGUGCUGAGAGCCUUUCUACAGAAAUAGAAUGCCUGUUAGAAGAAGUAGAGGAAGAGAGUUUGUCUGAGGAGGAAGAGGAGGAAGAGGAAGAGGAGGAACAAGAGGAGAAGAGGGAAGCAGAGGAGAUGGAGGAAGAGAAAGAGGGAGAAGAAGAGAUAGAGGUGGAGGAAGAGGAAGAAGAAAAGGAAGAAAAGAGGAAGAAGAAAAAGAAAGUGGAGGAGGAGGAUGAAGGUUCCAAGGAGGAAGAAAGCAUGAGUGAGGAAGAAAGCAUGAGUGACGAAGAGUUGGAAAGUCUGAGUGAGACAGAAGAGGAAAGAAGCUCAAUAGAAGUGGACAAGAAAAAAGACAUGUUAAAAAGGGAAGAACUAUUUAAACUACAAGGAGAAAGAGGAAAGGACCAACAAGGGAGGGAAGUUGUCCCUUCUCUUAGAGAAAUAUCUGAUUGGGUCAAAGGCAGUGAUAUAAAACUGCGGGCUUUAAAAAUUCCUUCCAGACAACCAAUCUCAGUACAUAUGGACAUGGAAGGGAAGAUACAAAUGCCACUGCCAAUUACACAAGAAAGGGAAGCUGUUCCUUCUCUUAGAGAAAUAUCUGAUUGGGUCAAAGGCAGUGAUAUAAAACUGACGGCUUUAAAAAUCCCUUCCAGACAAUCAAUCUCAGUACAUAUGGACAUGGAAGGGAAGAUACAAAUGCCACUGCCAAUUACACAACCAUCCUUGGCAGAAAAACCCACACUACUCCAGGCAUACAGGACAUUCUCAAAGAUACACAGGAAGGAUAAACCCAUUCCACUACAUGUACUGCAUACAGAUUUAGUGUCCCAAGAGCAGGACAUGAAGACAACAUUCAUGUCCAAUAUAUUUAGGAAAACAAUAGAGGCCCCCACACUCGAACAGAGACUCCCCGAUGCCAGGUGGAAGGGGGUUUUGGAGCAUCAUCCAUCUCUGACAGAAAAAAUUAAGGUACAGCCACCUCUUGCUCAGGUCCUGACUGACAAACAACAUCCAGAGGUACAAGUAAGCCUCACAGAUACAGAGUGGAUCCAUCAGGUCCUAGAACAGAUGGAAGCAGGAGAACAGCUUCCCAGAGACAGCUUCCACAGAUUAUGUCAGCUCCUCAAAGACCUGACCUCAGAGGGAAACUUAGAGUGGCUCCAUCCGGCCAUGCUUGACAACAUCGUGCACCAUCACAUGCAGGCUCUGGAGUCGCGAAGCACAAGGGCCUCGGAGCCCAGCAGGAAAUUCAUGACUCUGAAACAUCUGAAAGUGAUUCCUCCUAUAAAGGGAAAAGAAAGGGGAAGAUGGGAGGAACCCAUGAGUCUGAAACACCUGCAAGCGAUUCCUCCUAUAAAAGGAAAGGAAAGGGGAGGAUGGGAGGAACCCAUGAGUCUGAAACACCUGCAAGCGAUUCCUCCUAUAAGAGGAAAGGAAAGGGGAGGAUGGGAGGAACCCAUGAGUCUGAAACACCUGCAAGCGAUUCCUCCUAUAAAAGGAAAGGAAAGGGGAGGAUGGGAGGAACCCAUGAGUCUGAAACACCUGCAAGCGAUUCCUCCUAUAAGAGGAAAGGAAAGGGGAGGAUGGGAGGAACCCAUGAGUCUGAAACACCUGCAAGCGAUUCCUCCUAUAAAAGGAAAGGAAAGGGGAGGAUGGGAGGAACCCAUGAGUCUGAAACACCUGCAAGCGAUUCCUCCUAUAAGAGGAAAGGAAAGGGGAGGAUGGGAGGAACCCAUGAGUCUGAAACACCUGCGAGCGAUUCCUCCUAUAAGAGGAAAGGAAAGGGGAGGAUGGGAGGAACCCAUGAGUCUGAAACACCUGCAAGCGAUUCCUCCUAUAAAAGGAAAGGAAAGGGGAGGAUGGGAGGAACCCAUGAGUCUGAAACACCUGCAAGCGAUUCCUCCUAUAAAAGGAAAGGAAAGGGGAGGAUGGGAGGAACCCAUGAGUCUAAAAGACCUGCAAGCGAUUCCUCCUAUAAAAAGCAAGGAAAGGGGAGGAUGGGAGGAACCCAUGAGUCUGAAAGACCUGCAAGCGAUUCAUCCUAUAAAAGGAAAGGAAAGGGGAGGAUGGGAGGAACCCAUGAGUCUGAAAGACCUGCAAGCGAUUCCUCCUAUAAAAGGAAAGGAAAGGGGAGGAUGGGAGGAACCCAUGAGUCUAAAAGACCUGCAAGCGAUUCCUUCUAUAAAAGGAAAGGAGAAGGAAAGUUGGCUAAAAUCCUUGACUGUCCUCACACCAGAGUCCCCAUUACCUGCCAAGGUGAUUACAGACCCAAAGGCCACAAACUGGCAUCUUCUAGGUGAACCUUGCAGAAGCGCACGGCUACAGCAGCUAUCCAGUGCUCUCAGGGAAAUGCAGACACAUUUUUAUCCUGACACAAGAGACCUCUUCACAGGUGCCCAUGCCUCUGUGGAAAAACAAACCAUGGCACUAAUGUUUCAGAAGGACCUCAGGGAUUUUAAGGAUAAGGACAGGUUUCUUAAACUGCCCAAGUUGGAGAAGAAGACACAGCCUGUCUCACAAAAGAAGGAAAAGAUACCUCCUUGGGAGACACUUGUGGCACUGUACCAUGUUUUGCGGAUGCUGCAGCAGCGAUAUGGUAAGGACUCUGCUGCUUGGACGGAACAGUUCCAUCAGCUCAUGGACUUGUACCAGCUCAAGUCUCCCAGAAUCCAGAGGCUGCUACAAGAUCUGCUACUGGGAAAAGAGCCUCAACCCAAACAGAUCAUCAAAAAAGAGGCCCUGCAGGCUAUGGAGCCAGUACCUGGGGAACGGGUGUUUUACUGCCUGAUUUGUGGUGGCUCUCAUACCCCAAGCAGUCUGGGGUUCCAGAAUGUGAUACCCCUUCCUGGACAGAAUAAUGUGUGCACUUUCCUUCCUGUAGGUAUUGCCAAAUAUGGGAUCUUAGAACUUGCCUGGAAGAGCCUGCCCCAAGCUGAUACUUGCCUCACUAAGGGAUUUCCCCGCAUCAUUGCCACCACUCACAAAUUUGGGACUGGCUAGAGGUUAGAACUUCACAUUCUUAAUUGGAGAAAGCCUUGCUCAUCAGAACCUAGAGAUUCAUUUCUAGGGACCAGAUCAAAGUGCUUUCCCUACCCAGCUCUGUUUCUGCAGUAGAAUAAAGAGGAGGUUCUUAUUGGCA